AUGCCGGCCAACUUGCAGCCAGCCCAAGGCUACAAGGGCUCUGGCUCCACGCUAGACCUCAACCAUGUGCAGAGUUCCCAGUUCUCGGCCAACCGCGAGGCGAAUAUCCCCUUCGAGGCCCCUGACACCUGCAACGGGAUCUCUAUCUCAGGAAAACUGAAAGUGAUCCUCAAAAAUCAUUCCCUGUGGCUCCAGUUUUCCAGACAGCAGACGGAAAUGAUCCUUAACAGGAGCGGCAGGCGGCUGUUCCCCUUCCCGGCUUACAAAAUCCAGGGGAUGAACCCAGUUGCUCAUUACCAGGUAUUUCUGGAAGUAGUACCGGUUGAUCAACACCGUUGGCGAUAUCAGAACGGCGACUGGUCUCAGUGUGAAAAAACAGAGAACAACAUGCUAGGGAAUCAGCUAUAUAUCCACCCAGACUCCCCCAACACAGGGGCCCACUGGAUGAAGAAAGAGAUCAAAUUCGAAAAACUCAAGGUGACUAACAAUGAGGAAGCUACCAAUAAAGGGAACAAGAUGAUCUUAUUGCAGUCCUUCCACAAAUACCAACUAAGGCUUGGUAUUGAAGAGGUGAGGAAUGGAGAACGUGAAACACCAGCUCCUUCCUCCUUCAUUUUUCCUGAAACGGAAUUCAUUGCUGUAACUGCAUAUCAAAAUGCUAAGCUCUCCAGGCUCAAAAUUCUAUACAAUCCCUUUGCCAAAGGCUUUAGAGAACACUACUAUCCUGAAGAACAUGUGAAUAAGCACCUUGCAUCAGUGGACUCCACUGCCAUGGUCACAGCCUUCCCUGAAACUGAUUCUUGUGGCUCCCUACUGGAGCUAGGAGAGGGUUCUUGUCAAGCCAAGGAAAGGGCACCACUGAGUCCUGGGCUUUUGGCCCAGGCUGCUCAGCCACUCCAGGGCUAUGCUUAUGACUGCACUCCCAGAAGCAGCAACUUUCUGUCCUUGGGCAUGAGUGGCAUGGAGUGUGGCUUUUUGCCCUUCACUUCCCCACCCACCACCCACCACAACCCCAGACAAGAUGCUGUGUUCCCUCAAGGGGACUGGUGCCCUUCUUCCUCAUCUAACUGCACCAAGACCGAGGGGGGAUGGCUCCAUUCUGUACCCCCAGUGCCCAUGGACACUAUCACUAGGGCUGAGGAAGAGAAGCAACUUGAAGAAGAACUCUGGAUCUAUGCCCCAACAUCAGAUUCUAAUGACUUUGGCCUGGGUGAAGAAGUCUCAAAGGAGAGAGCUUUGUCUCCUGAUGAUUCAGGGAAUGAAAUGUGUUCAGGAUAGAAAUGCAGAAAACACGCCAGGUAGAAUGCUAUGGACCCUCCAGGGACUUUUUCCAUAGUUAAGUCCAACAUGAACAAGGAAGGCUGGCUCCAAUCAGUACUGCCAGCGACCAUGGAAGUUUUCACUGGGACCCAGGA